AACCUCAACUUCAGUGCUGAGUGGGUCUUUGUGGCAACAUGGUAUGAAGUGGCCUAUUAUCCAACUACAGGAACAAAAACAACUUUCCAAGUUGUGUUGAUCACUGGAGGACAGAAAUCAUUUGUUCUCAUGAACUACGGACCGAUUGCCUCAACAUCUCAAAGUGUUCAGGCUGGCUACGACACCAUCAACUCUUUUUACCAUUUCACCAUUCCUGGAUCUUUCUCAAGUUCAGCAUCAGGCGUCAACUCCACUUUUACUCUGGGCAGCAACGUCAACGUAACGGGUCGCUGGGCCUUCCAAGUAGAUAAUGGUGAAGGAGGCUGCCAGUUUAAUGACAAACCUGUUCAGUUGGGUGAUUUCUUCUGGAUGGACAGCAACUGCACACUAAAGUGCACCUGCUACACAUCAGGCAUUCAAUGUAUCACAGAGCUCUGCUCUUUUCCUGAAACCUGCCAGGAAGCAAACCUUCAGUUCCUCUGCCUCAUUGCAUCAACAGAAGCCCCAGUUACAACAUCAUUGGAACCCCCAGUUCCAAUCACAGGCAAUUCAUCACUUCCGGAUUCACUUUAUCCAAUUUCUGGAACUGCAACCAACCGCUCACUUGAUGGAAGUUCUCCACAGAUUUACCUGCAAAGACCUUUUGUCUACUUUGGAAAAUUAUACAACAGCAUUUAUGUUAACCACAAUGGACAUUUGACAUUUAGUAACUCAUAUUCCUCUUAUAUACCUCAAAGAUUUCCUUUACAAGAAUCUUUAGACAUAAUUGCCCCAUUCUGGACAGAUAUGGACAUCAGACUAACUGGAUUGGUCCUCUACAACCAAUACACCAAUGGCAGUGUCCUCCAACAAGCUACACAGGACAUUAAUAGCUACUUCCCAAACCUCAACUUCAGUGCUGAGUGGGUCUUUGUGGCAACAUGGUAUGAAGUGGCCUAUUAUCCAACUACAGGAACAAAAGCUACUUUCCAAGCUGUGCUGAUCUCUGGAGGAGAGAAGUCGUUUGUUCUCAUGAACUACGGUUUUCUUGCUGCAACAGUUUGGAAUGUUCAGGCUGGCUAUGACACCAUAGGCUCUGUUCACCAUUUGACCAUUCCUGGAUCUUUCUCAAGUUCAGCAUCAGGCGUCAACUCCACUUUUACUCUGGGCAGCAACGUCAAUGUAACGGGUCGCUGGGCCUUCCGAGUAGACAAUGGAGUAAGAGGCUGCCAGUUUAAUGGUGAACCAGUACAGCUGUUUGAUUCUUUCUGGAGCGACUCCACCUGUGCACAGAAGUGCACGUGCACUAGAGCCGGCCUGCAGUGCUCUAACCAACCCUGCUCUUUCUCCCAAGUCUGCAUGCCAGAUUCCUUUCAGUUCUCCUGCCAGUCAGUGCAGAGACGCACCUGCACUGUCAGUGGUGAUCCGCAUUACUACACUUUUGACAACAAAGUGUUUCACUUUCAAGGCACCUGCACCUAUGUUCUCUCAGAACAGUGUCAGAAUGAGCUCCCCUAUUUCAGAGUAGAGGCCAAAAACGAGCACUUAGGCAGCACUCGUGUUUCCUGGACAGGACUUGUUAAAGUUUUUGUCUAUAAUGAAACUAUUGAGCUUGUCAAAAGAACCACUGGCAAAGCAAAGGUUAAUGGAAGCUUUGUAGCAACUCCAUUUUCCCUCAACCAGGACCGUGUCCAGGUCUAUCAGUCAGGCAUGUCAAUGAUUGUCAGCACCGACUUUGGCUUGAUGGUAGCUUACGACAGAACCUAUUAUCUCAGAAUCAGUCUGCCCUACACUUACCAGAAUGCAACAUGUGGUCUUUGUGGAAACUUCAAUGAUAACCCUGGAGAUGACCUCCGAACUCGUGAAGGCGAGGUCGUCAGCUCUGAUGUAGUUUUUGCCAACAGUUGGCAAGUACCUGGUGAGGAUGAACCUGGUUGUGAACCACAGUGUGAAGGUCUGGAAUGUGCUGGCUGUAAUGCAAAUCAAACUGCUUUAUACAGCAACAAUGAACACUGUGGAAUCCUUCAGAACAGCUCUGGACCAUUUGCAGCAUGCCACCAAACACUUCCCCCACCAAACUUUGUGGACAGUUGUGUUUAUGAUCUCUGUGUUGGUGAAGGAUACCAACCAUUUCUGUGCCAAGCUUUAGGAGUAUAUGCAAGUCAGUGUCAACAAAAUGGUAUCCAGCCUGAAAGUUGGAGAAGACCUGGAUUCUGCGAAAUCCCCUGCCCAGCCAAUAGCCACUUUGAGUCUCAAGCAAGUGGAUGUCCACCAACCUGUGUUAAUCCUAACUCCACCCAAAACUGCCCCCUUCCUGUUCAGGAGAGCUGUGUUUGUGAUCCCGGCUACGUCCUCAGUGCUGGAGAAUGUGUUCCUUAUUCUCAGUGUGGCUGCAGCUUUGAGGGUUUCUAUUAUCAAUCAGGAGAGACUGUUAUAUUGGGUGAAGACUGUGGGAGGCGCUGUAGCUGCACUGCUGGCUCAAUGACUUGCAGCCCUUAUAGCUGUGGCCGUAAAGAAUCCUGCAGUGUGGAAGACGGAGAAAGAGGAUGCAGACCUAAUGGAUACGCCACAUGCUGGAUCAGGGGGGCGGGGUCCUAUCAAACAUUUGAUGGACUGACAUACCAGUAUGCUGGAGCAUGCAAACUGACCCUUGCCAAAUUAAUGGGAUCAUCUGAUCAUCCACACUUCAAGGUGACAUCUGAAAAGGUACCAAAAGGUCAGCAAGGGUUUGUCCAGACUCUGAUAUUUGAAGCAGAGGGAAAACGAAUUUCCAUAGAGUUGGAACGCAACGCUAAAGUUACG